AUGACGGAACCACCCCAGCCUGAGACUCACGACAAGGCGUGGGAGAAAGCCGAGCGGCAAUUCUCCAAUAAAACUGCAAGCCAGUUUUAUGACCCUUGCCAGGACUUCGCGGAUCGGAGUCUCAAAUGUCUGAAGCGCAAUGGUUAUGAUAGAGAGAUGUGUGGCGAUUACUUCCAGUAUGCUACUUCUACCUCUUGA